AUGUGGACCUUUUUGGUUUUUGAUUUCCGAAAUCUCUGUUACAGAAGCCUGGAGGAGGAACAAAGUGAAACGGAAAGUGAGGCAGAAAGCGGGAGAACGGUUCCGAAAUGGGUGCUGUUCAUCCCCAUGAUGUCAUCAGUGGUCUUGAUGUUCAUAUUCUUCACGAGCAAACGUUCCUCACAAAUUCAGGUUCAGUCAAACAUGCGGCGAAGCCUCUUAGACGUUAAUUUUGAAGACGAAAUUCCACACGUUAAUGUGCGCCUGCAAGACCGAAUCUUCAGUGGCCGCGUGCUCACCGUCGGUUCGCGCAAGCUGCACGCCUUCUACGGCAUCCCGUACGCUGAGCCUCCUGUCAAAGACUUACGUUUCAAGAAACCCGUGCCAAUUAGACAACAUGUCUCUUCGGACUCAACAGACGACGUUAUCAUGGCGUUUCGCAAGAACUUCCCCUGUCCGCAGCGCCAGCCUUGGAACAAUCCACAGGAACCGUCGCUCGACGUCAAUGUAAGCGAAGACUGCCUUCACAUCAACAUCUGGACCCCUUCGGACAGUUCGCAACAGAGAACGGUGCUCGUGUUCCUUCACGGUGGUUACUUCGAAACUGGAGGCAACGAUCGACCUUUCAAUGACGGCCAGCGAUUGAGCGCCGAGGGAGAUGUGGUGGUCGUGGUGCCUAACUAUCGCCUGAACGCAUUCGGCUUCCUCAAGGGACAUAUACCAAGCGCGCCUGGAAACGUUGGUGCUCAUGAUGUCCUGUUGUCUCUCCAGUGGGUAUACCACAACAUCGUGCACUUCGGAGGCAGUCCUGAGCAGAUUGUCCUAGUCGGGCGGGAUGCCGGAGCCGUCCUUGCAGGAUACGUCAUGGUAUCACCCUUGGCUCGAGGUCUGGUCAAGCGCUACAUCCUUCUGAGUGGAUCGCCCUUCUGGAUUUUGCCUAGUAACCGUGGCUUUGAGAGCCUAGUAAACUUUAAAACAUUAGCCCAAAGGAUGAACUGCCAGCGAGGCGACGUCGUUCAAAUGACCCACUGCUUGGUUCGUGCAGAGAUGUAUGAUUACGUCAACAUGAACAACAUGGCACAGUAUAGGAUGCUUCCAAGUGACGAGGAUGAGCUGUUGCCGUUUCCGAUGCCGGUCGGUCUUACCCAGUCUGCGACGUACGCGGCGCGUGAUGUUUUGCUCGGCAGUGAGCUGGACGUUGGCGAGGAUCUCUUGCAUUCGUCGUUGAGAGUAUCCUUAGACGGUGUCAUGAACAGCACGAUGCGUUCUUUCGGCUCUAGAAUCCUGCGGAUGUACGGCGUUCCGAACCCUCUUGCCGCUAUGGCAGCGUAUGACGUCUUCAGCGCUGUGAACAGGAGCGUCGCCAUGGCCAACCUUGUAGGAGACUUCGUCGUCCGAUGUCCUCUACAGUUCCUGGCGGAUGAGUUGUCCAAAAGACAUCGUCGAGUCUUUUAUUUCCUCUUAAAGAAAGAUCCCAGAUGGCCGCGGUUCGGCGACGCUGAACUGGAUCAAAGCCUUCUUUUCGGUUUGCCCUUUGAGUUGGCUACCUCACCAAAACAAAUGCUGAAGCUAAGCAAGAAAAUCAUCUACGCUUGGACUACCUUCGCCAAGACAGGGAGGCUUUCGCUCUCAAACAAGACUUCAUGGCCAGCGUACUCAGCUUCCAAGAGGGCCUUUGUGCUUCUUGGGAAGGACAGCGAAGAGGUUCUCAACAGCUACCGCGAACGUUUCUGCGCCCGUUGGAGCAGCCAACCGGUGCGCACUUCACUUUCAACCACAACAUGA